AUGUGUAAAUAUAGUGAUCGUUUGAUAGGUAAAGUGGUUAUUAUAACUGGUGCAAAUACUGGUAUCGGCUUCGAAAUAGCGAAAGAUAUGGCUGAAAGAGGUGCUCGAGUGAUCCUUGCUUGUAGAAAUGAAACAAGAGCAAUGGAAGCCAUUAACGAAAUAAGAAAUCAAACACACAACGAAAAUAUCCAUUAUUUGCAUCUGGACCUUGCCUCUCUUUCGUCAGUCAAAGAAUUCGUAGACAAAUUCAUGAAUAAAGAGGAGCGUCUCGACAUUCUCGUAAACAACGCUGGCGUGAUUACUGGAAGCGACGAAAAGACAGAAGACGGGUUAUCAACGAUGAUUCAAUCUAAUUAUCUGGGCCACUUCCUUUUGACAGUUCUACUUCUACCUUUACUGACGUCAUCAGCCCCGAGUCGUAUUAUAAACUUUUCAUCGGUGACCCAUAAAUUUGUAAAUAUUCACCCAGAUGAUUUAUUCACUGUACCAAUAAGAAAAUCGUAUACAAAUAGUAUUUGGUAUUUUAAAACGAAGUUAUGUAUGGUACUUAUGACAAAAGAACUAGCAAGACGUUUGAAUAACACCGGCGUCACUGUAAAUUGUUUGCACCCAGGAGUAGUUAAAACUAACAUAAUUAAUAAUAUAGACAUCAAGUUUGUAAAAACCAUUAUUAAUGCUGCGUUAUCCUGUUUUAAAACCCCAAGGGACGGAGCUGAAACUGCGAUUUAUUUAGCUGUUUCACCGGAGGUGGAAAAACACAGUGGUGGCUAUUAUGUUGAUUGUAAAUUGGCGAACACUAGCCGUCGAGCCCAAAACCCUGAUUUGGCUCGACAAUUGUGGGAGGUUUCCGAAAGAUUAGUGGGCAUAGAAUGUAAAUACCACUAA